AUCGCACACGCAGACAUACUACACUACUACAAAUGUUAAGAGUGCUCAUGCUCACGUUAUAUAAUUGUGAAUGUGUAGAAUCACUUUUGUCGGUUAGGUUUUGGAUAAAGUGUUGUUGAAUAUCUGUAACAAUGUCCUUAAACAAAAUAAUCGCACGAUCAUUUUCGAUCAGCUCUGCUGCUCAGCAAAUGGUUAAGCCUCCAGUCCAAGUGUUUGGUUUAGAAGGACGAUAUGCUACAGCACUUUAUUCAGCAGCUUCAAAGCAAAAGACAUUGAAUAAUGUGGAGAAAGAUCUUCUCAAGUUUCAAGGCAUUAUAAAACAAGACCAAAAGCUCAGUGAAUUUGUGAAGAAUCCAUCAAUAAAGCGAAAAGAAAAAGUAGAAGCUCUUAAAGCUAUCAGCAGUAAAAUGUCUCUCAGUAAGGAAACUGCAAAUAUGUUGAGUUUACUUGCAGAAAAUGGUCGACUUGCAAAACUGAACACCAUAAUCAAUACAUUUAAAAUAUUAAUGGCUGCUGGUAGAGGAGAGGUUGUUUGUGAAGUGGUCACUGCUAAACCACUUGAUGCUGAUAUGAGGUCUAAGCUUGAAGCAGCUUUGAAAGGAUUCUUAACUAAAGGUCAAACUAUCCUGCUAACAGCAAAAGUUGAUCCUGCCAUUCUUGGGGGAAUGAUUGUAUCAGUAGGUGAUAAGUAUGUUGAUAUGAGUGUUGCUAGUAAAAUUAAACGUUACAGUGAGGUCAUUAGCUCAGCAGCAUAAUCACUUUUUAUAAUAUUCAGUAAAGUGAGGCAAGAUAAAGUACUCAUAUAGAUAUUCACAAGAUAUGUACAUCAUAAAAUAAUAAAUUAUUCCAAAUCCAAUUAUUCCUGUUAAAA